CUUGCCUGUGUCAGUGUGUGUGUGUUUCAUUGAAAAAAAAAAAAAUUCCCCAAAUGAUUCUCAUCAGUUCAUGUUUAUCAUGAAUCUAAAGUUACAGUAUUCCUGUCAGUAGGCUAUAAAGUUAACUUAAAAAUAAAAGAAUGUCCAAGCGAUAUGUUGAUAAUCCUAUGAACAGGCGUUUAGGAAGAGUUGGAAUGGUCCAUGGAACAGCUGUUCAUAGCAAUAGUCACAGCAGCAAAACAUAUGUUGAUAAUUCAUUAAAUCGGAGUUUAGCACGUGUUGGUUUACCACAUGGAAGUGCUGUUCAUUCUGUUAGCAGGGAUAGUAGCAACAGUAAAACAUAUGUUGACAAUUCAUUAAACCAGAGUUUAGGACGUGAUGGUUUACCACAUGGCACUGCUGUUCAGUCAAGUUGUGAUGGAAAACUAGCAGUGCAUUUUGAUAAGCUGUGUCUAAGUGAAACAAGAGUUUACAAAGACAAUGAUUUAAACCGACGGCUUGGCAGAGUAGGAAAACCACUUGGAUCUAUGCCACAGUGUUCACCAACAAAUAAGAAUAAAGUAUAUGUAGACAACUAUUACAACAGGAAACACAACAGAGUUGGCAAACCUCUUGGAAGUGUACCCAUCUCUAGACAAGAAAGAGUUUACAAGGAUAGUCCUAUAAACAGAAAAUUAGGUAGAGUUGGCUUAAAGUGGGAAAAUAACCAGGCCCAGGGUAAAUCUCAUGCAGAGCUUUUACAAAAGUUGUGGGAACUCCAUGAGGAUGAUGAUAUUCCUGAUGAGUUUGUUGAGAAAUAUCAAGAUGAAGCUGAUAAAGAUUUUAUUCAGACAUUCCAUGAGAUGAGGAACAGAGAAAACCACAUCAGAAAAAGAUUGGAGGAAGCGCCUGCCUGGGAUGCACACCAUCACACAUCCAAGCAAGUUAUUGAUAAAUACAGAGGCAAGAUCAUUAAAUAUGACCAACUAAAACUGGUAGACAAAAUCGGGCAUGGUGGCUUUGGGGAUGUGUUUGCUGCAGAGUGGAUUGAUGAUGAACUGGUUGCUGUCAAAAAACUCAGAAACCAACAAGUUUCUAAAAAGAGGCUUCAACUGUUUGAGGAUGAGAUAAUAAUUUUCUGUAAACUUGAUCACCCCAAUAUUGUAAAGUUCCUUGGAGCAUGUGUUGAGGCUCCAAAUUUAGCAAUAGUCAUGGAAUACAUGGAUAUGAGUCUUCAUGAGGCUCUACAUAUCAAAUCUGUUGAGUUCUUAGAUGUUGAAAAAACUUCCAUAAUGAGAGAUAUUGCAAGAGGCUUGGCUUACCUUCAUGAUAUGAAACUAGCUCAUUGCGAUUUAAAAUCUGUCAAUGUUUUGUUAAAUAAUUUACCAGGUCAGGAUACUACAAUGUCAGAAGAACCAGUUUUAGCUAAAAUUACAGAUUUUGGCUUAAGCCUUAUGAAGUCUGACUCAGAAACCUCUGGGUCAAAUGCUGCCACUUGCAAUGUUGGCACCCCUAGAUAUUCUGCACCAGAAGUUCUUCGAGGUGAAAUGCUAAACAUAGAUCAGCUAAUGAAAGCAGAUAUUUAUUCUUUAGGACUAGUAAUUUUAGAGUUAUUGUUGGAAACAAUAGCAUUUGAGGACUUGUCAUUGUUACAACUACGAAAACAAGUUGGAGAAAAUGGACUGAAACCUGAGAUCCCAGAUUCCUUUUUAAAAGAAGAGCUGGAAGAAACAUUGUGCAAAUGCUGGUGUACUGAUCCAAAUGAUAGACCAAAUGCUAGAGAUGUAUCCAACUUUACUGAAAAGUGUAAACAACUCUAUGUUGAAAGUUAGUACUUAUUAUGCAAGAGUGCGCAUUUUUCUUUUUCAUAUAUGGUAAAAUUGUUUAAUAAUUGUUAACUUAAAAUCAAAUUUGAAUUAUUAUUUUGAAAUUACUGUUAUAAAAAUUUUUGUUUUGCUGUACUUGAUAGUAAGCAUGAAAUGAAAAAUAUGAUUAGAGAGAACCAAUGUAAGUCAUCUUCAUACCAAUUGUAGCCUGGAUAUUUUAUUUCUUUGGGUCUUCCUUCCGACACUGCUACCAAUAUAGGGACUCUUUCACUUCACUGUUGGGAGGGGGGGGGGGUUGACAACUACUACUUCUUAGCACAAUGAUUUUAAAAACUAUUCUUAGUUGCUUGCAAAAAUUAAUUUAUAUUCAUUGUUCAAGUUUGUGAGAACUUUAGCAUGAACUUCAAGUCAUGUGUAUAACAAAAUGGAAAAUUCAUUUUCAAUAAUAUAUUUAAAAAUCUACUUUAAUAUCAAAGUUGUCUAGAUCAGUAGUUCUCAAACUGUGGUCUAAAAGCUAGUUUAUCUGAUCAUUCUUCACUUGGAUAUUCCCUACUGGGUUGAACCAUUUAGCUUGUGGGUAAACUUAGAUCCCAAUCACAGUUGAAUCCAUACUAAUACAGGAGCAGCUUAUUGAAAUAUCCACAAAUGAGGAACAUAAACCAAUGUUUGAACAAGGAUACCACUAAUUCUGUUUACAAAAAUAGAUUUCAUAUUUUAUAUCCUGCAUUAUGGGUCACUGUACAGAAGUUGUUGACUGUUUUUGUCUUCUUAUUUGGUAUAACGUGGAUUCAUUCCCCUAGUGAACUUCAUCACAAAUAAAAGAAACCGACAAGAAAUUUGUGCUAGUUGAGAUUUGCAGAUGCUAUUUAUAAACAUUACAUGGAACAUAAAUACAAACAAAAGUUACUAUCUCAAUAAACAAUCCUCAACAAGAUGUUUUUUGUUUUGUACCAAUACAUUUUUGUAGAUUUCUCACUUAGGGGUCCGUGGGCAAGUUUUGACUAUAUAAAGGGGUCCCUGGGUCAAAAAGUUUGAGAACUACUGGUCUAGAGAGAGUAGAACCUGAAAAUAUGUGAACAGGCAUAUUGCAGCUUAAAUCAAACAACUGUGUGAUGGAAAAAAUCAAUGAAAAAUAUUUUUGAGCAGAAUACAUUUCGUAUCCUGAAUUACAGAGAAUUAAUUCCAUUUAGAUUCAACUCUGAACAAGCAAAUGCAAAACUUCAUUUUGCCAAUUUGACUAUUUUUCAAACAAACUUUUAUUGAUGCUGAGUUAUUCUUCUUUCUGCAGUUAGUGCCUUGGAAAAUAAAAGUGUUUUGUUUUUCUCAGCUACUCCAAAUUAGUUAUACUGGGUUGAAGAGGUAAUAGGUCUUAGAUGAUUUGGUAGGUUCUGAAAGGUGUUUGACAGUCUUAUCUAAGUCGGAGCAUUGGAGUCAUUGGACUUUAGAUGAGAUGGAAAUGAACAGUUGUAUGUCCUGUUCUACACAGAUGGAAAUUGAAAGUGUUUAGUUUAUUUGAAUUUGUUCUUUCUCUAAAUAGCUUUCUAAUACCGAUUGGUUGAGCCACUGUUUUUAUGAUUUCUUGUUAAUAUUGACUUAAAUGUUUUAUUUUUAGCCUAUUUGCCUCAUGAUUCACUUCUGUUUAACUGUAAAAUUAAUAAUUGGUCUGAUAUGGUGGCUUAUUAACAAUUAAUUUUAGAUGAAAUUCGCAACAUAAAGCCUUACAAAAUACUUUCAUUUUAUUUUAAUUCUUCUUUUUCUUCUUCUAGCCAUGAAAAAUAGCGCGCUGUUGUUUUUUUCAGCUGUUCAGCAUACAGAGUGCUGGUUUUGUUGGGUUGUAGUGAUUUCAUGAGACACAUAUAAAUAAAAUUAUUACUUUCUAAGGGAAAUGAAAAGUAUACUUUGUGAUAUUUAUUAUAUGUCAGUAUUGGUCAGGUUUAUUAAUAACAAAUUGAUAUGGAUUUUUUUUUAACAUCCAAUUAUAUUAUCUAAAGUAUUUAUUAAAAAACAUAAUAUAUAUACAUAUAUAUAUUUAAAUAUACAUAAGAUAAUAUUACUGCUUAUAUAUACAUGUAAAUAAUUUGUUGACUUUACAUAAGUUAGGGUUAGGUUUUUUUUUUUAUAUAAAUAUUUUUCAAAUGUAUUAUUUCAUGUUACAGUCACUAUUUUAACUGUGCAAAAUUAUGAUUGUCUUCUUUUUCUUCUACUUUAUAAUUGACUCCAGAGUUGAGUCACAGAUUCUUGGAACUCUAGACACUGGAAAGCUUGCUUCCAUGCCUGUCUGAACAAACGUUCUGUCUGGGAAAGAUCCAAGCAGAUAAAGUUUUUACAUCCCUAUUAGCAAUGGCUCAUAUCCCAGGAUGCUCGGGCUAGAGGUGAGGCUGAAGCUGAACACACCAGGGAAAUUCCCCCACAUUCUUUCUCUGAACCACAUCAGCCAUACAGGUGUCCUACUCAAAAGCUGCCCCAUGAGGAAGGGUAUGUGGGUAGACAUGUUUCUUGGGGCUUCCUUCUAUCCCCGUCAGUGCAGUAGACUUGGUCAAUUGGCACCCCAACAGAAGUUCUGUUUUGCUUCUAUAUUGACCUAAUAGUCCAAGAAGCAUUACCUAGGAAAUAAUGAUUCAAACAUUUGUAUGUGAUAUUUUGCCAUAGUUUUUAUUGCUAUGUAAGUGUAACAUCUCACUCAUUUUUUUAAACCAAACAUUUUGUUGUCUAUUUUUAGCUUUGUUUAAGUAUUGAUUGAUCACAUUUGUGGAGAUUGUCAGAACCCUUGCCAUUAUUUAUGCUCUAAUCAUUUGUAAAAUCGAAAUGGACAAAUUGUUAGUAACUUUUAAUCUUGGAAAAUUUUACUAGUUAUUUUAACUUUAAGAAGUAAGCAUUAUAUAUUUUGAUUAAAAUAUUUUUUUUUUAUGUUGAAUCAAUA